UUUGAUCACAAGCAGCAACAAAAAGUAUGAAAACAACCCAAAUUCUUAGUGUCUUUCUCAUAGGCCUACUUCUCUUGGCAACACAAUCACUCUGCAGCAGCAGCGACACCAAACAACCAUCACACCAGCCCAGAUGGGAGAAAACAGAGAAGCAGAGCAGAGGAGGCAGAGGUAGAACCGGCAGAGGCCGUGGAAGAGGCGGCGGUGGUGGAAGAUCGUCGCCAAGUAACCGCUGUGACCCAUUCUUCCAGUACCUAUUUGGGAUCUGUGGGCAAUGGCCUUUCCCAACUUCCCCUUCGCCGGACAACCCUUUCAAUCCCUCCCCUGCUCGCCGCCCUCCUAAUCCUCCGGGGACAAGGAUUCCUCCUCCCCUUCCCACUCCAGCAGCUCCACCACCGCGCCUCCCGCCAAUUCCGCUCGUCCCUUCUCCUCCGCCGGUAACCCCGCCGCCCGUUCUUUCCCCGCCGCCUGCGCCCGUGGUUACUCCAUCUCCUCCACCUUCUGCGCCUCCGCCUCAAUCUCCUCCACCUUCUCCACCUCCGCCAUCUCCUUCUCCGCCGCCGCCGCCACCUUUAGUUCCUUCUCCCCCGCCACCUGUACCUUCGCCGCCUCCUCCACCGCCACCGCUUGUCCCUUCUCCGCCGCCGCCUGUAUUCCUGCCGCCUCCCCUGGUGGCUUCCCCACCACCUCCGACGAUCAUCCCAUGGUUUCUUUCCCCUCCUCCUGUCGACCUCACGCCGCCGCCUCUGGUUCCCAUAUUCGAUCCUCCGCCUGCAGACGAUGACUACACUACGUCUCCACCUCUGGUGCCCAUCUUGACCCCGCCGGAAGAUGUACAGCCGCCACCAACAGAAAUGCCGCCGCCGGCAGAUCUUGACUUCACACCGCCGCCGUUGGUGCCCUUCCUGACCCCAUCUCCGCCGGAAGACGAUGAGGGGGCCACCCCCGCACCGCCACUGGUGCCAUUAUUCGAACCACCGCCGGAGCAAGACGUUUUGCCUCCGCCGGUAGAAGUCACUCCAACUCCAUUCCUACCGAUUUUCUCUUCUCCACCGCCGGCUUCGGAUGACGGAUUCGCGCCGGUUACCCCUGUUCUGCCAAUCGUUUUGUCGCCACCGCCGGUCGACGAUGAAGGUGGUUUGCCACCGUUUGUACCAAUAACUUCGCCGCCGGUACCCGACCUGACUCUGCCCACGCCGGCGCCUCCCCUGGUGCCUGAAGUUCCAGCAGACUCGGAUCCUCUGCCAUUUUCAUUCGCACCGCCAGCUCCAGAUAUCGAGCAGAAGACUGCACCUUCCGUCACAUGAGCAUCAUUUGGUGCUUACCAUAUAUAUCCACGCUUGUCAUUUCAUUUCAUCAGUAACUUGUAUCUUUUCCCGCCACGCUGCAUUCGCGCGUAUUAAUCCAACAAUUCUACUUAACAACAUAGUGCCUCUAUCUUACAUUUUUCCGGAUGACCGGAUCGCUUAGUUUAAAGAGCCAGUAGAACCUCUAACAAAUAUCAAUACCAUAUGAGACAUCCAUAGACAGAACGUCAGUGGUCAGGCAAAACUAGUGACUUGAUACAAAGACAAUGCUCACAAGACGGAUAAGUAUGGACUAUGGAGCUUAAACUAGCUCUAAAUCCGACACUGCUGAUUACGUCAAUAGACACUGCAGUGGCACUCAAUCUACUCUUUUACUGUCUUCUUGUCUAUAUUAGCAGCGGCUUUCCCUCUACCAGGCUCAACGGCAAUAAGCGGAGGUUUGGAAC